AUCAAGAACUACAAAGUAAAAACAGGAAACAUAAGACUAGACUAAGAAACACAAGAAAAUACAAGAGGAGACAUGGAUCACUAAACACACAAGGGAGAGAAAAGAUAACCAAUACAGAAUAAACCUGGGGAGGAACCAAGAGACAGUCAUCCUCAACUCUUCAGCUCAACUCAGCUCAUCUCCAGCCUCCACUUUCACCUCAUCUUCAUCUUCACCUUCAUCUCCAGCCUUCACCUCCAACUCCACCUCCACCUCUCACCAUGUCUGUCUCUCUCAGCCGCCAGAGCAGCUACAGCACCCGCAGCAUCUCCAGGUCCAGCGCCGUGAGCAUGAGCGGGGGUAGGCAGCUGGUGGGAUCCGGACAGACCCUCUUCUCCUCCGGCUCCUUCCAGAACCGCGCACCCAGCAUGUACGGGGGCGCGGGGGGCUACGGGACCCGUGUGUCCCAGUCAGUCUUCUCCUCCGGGACCAUGCCCUCUUACGGGGAGACUUCCGUGAUCACCAAUGAGAAGCUGACCAUGCAGAACCUCAACGACCGCCUGGCGUCCUACCUGGACAAGGUGCGCUCUUUGGAGGCAGCUAACAGGAAGCUGGAGCUGCAGAUCAGAGAGUUCAAUGAGAAGAGAGCGCCCACAAUUUCCAAAGACUUCACCGCCUUUUUUGCCACCAUCAGUGAUCUAAGGGCUAAGAUCAUGAGGAGAUAUUCAGAGAACCAGAGUAUCAUGCUGCAGUGCGACAACGCCAGACUGGCAGUAGACGACUUUAAAAUAAAGUUUGAGACAGAGCUAGCCAUGCAUAAGAUGGUGGAGGGUGAUGUGGCCCGUCUUCGAGGGGUCCGGGACAGCAUGACUCUGUCCAUCAGUGACCUGCAGUUGCAGGUUGAAGGCCUCAAAGAGGAGCUGGUGUAUAUGAAGAGUAACCAUGAAGAGGAGAUGCGCCAGCUGAGGGUCCAGCAGACCGGUGCGGUAAAUGUAGAGGUGGACAGCACGGCCUCUGUUGAUCUGACAAAGGUUCUGGAGGAGAUGAGGGAGCAGUAUGAAGCUGUGGGGCUCAAGAACAAGCAGGAUGUUGAAAAAUGGUUCCAGGCAAAGAUGGAAGCUCUCCAGACCGAAAUCACCUCAUGCACCACAGAGGUGAAGACGUUUAGCACGGAGCUGUCAGAGCUGAAGAGAACCUACCAGGGCCUGGAGAUCAGUCGUACGAGCGUCUGCACAGAGCUUCAGUGCCUGCAGCAGAACUUGGAAGAAGUAAAGAGUCGAUACAGCGUUCAGCUCAGCCAGCUGCAGGCUAGCAUCAACAUGCUGGAGACGGAGCUGCAGCAGCUCAGAGUCUCUAUCGAGCACCAGCAGUCCGAAUACAACCUGCUGCUGGACCUCAAGAUGAGGCUGGAGCUGGAGAUCGCAGAGUACAGGAGGCUGCUGGAGGGAGAGGUGCAUGAGAGGAGGCAGUACGAAGAAAAGAAGACGGUGGUCAUCACCAAGGUUCAGGAAAAAGUUGAAGAGCACAAACCCCACGUUGAAAGGAGGGUGAAGACCAUCGUGGAGGAGAUCAUUGAUGGAAAGGUGGUGUCCUCCGUUAUGGACACUCAAGUGGAGGACAUUCAAGACAUCACCAUGACCUCCAGAAUGUCAACCAAUUCUGUGCACUACAGCAGCAGCGGUGGAGGUGGAGGUGCAGGUGGCUAUGGAGGUGGCGUGAGGCGCUCAUAUUCCAGAAGUGUUUAUGGUGGUGCAGGGGGCAGUGGAUCCAAGAUCUCCAUGGCCUCUGGCGGCAGUGGUUAUGGUUUUGCUGGCGGGUAUGGCCGUGGAGGCGGCGGUGGCGGCAGCAGUUACAGUUAUUCUUCAGGCGGUGGUGGAGGAUUUGGUGGAGGAUUCGGGGGAGGAGAAGUGGACAUCUCUGCCAAUGAGAAGGCCACCAUGCAGAACCUGAACGACCGUCUGGCCAACUACCUGGAGAAGGUGCGCUUGCUUGAGAAGGCCAACGCAGAACUGGAGCUCAAGAUCCGCACCUUCUUGGAGAGCAAGACCUCACCCACUUCCCGUGACUACUCAGCAUUUGAAGCCACCAUUGCCGACCUGCAGGGAAAGAUCCAGGAUGCCACCAGAAUCAAUGGAGGCAUCUAUCUGGCCAUUGACAAUGCCAAAUUGGCAGCUGAUGACUUCCGCACCAAGUAUGAGAAUGAGCUUGCCAUGCGUCAAUCAGUGGAGGCAGAUAUCGCCGGUCUUAAGAGACUGUUGGAUGAGCUGACACUGGCCAGAUCAGACCUGGAGAUGCAGAUAGAAGGCCUCAAAGAGGAGCUGAUCUUCCUUAGAAAGAACCAUGAGGAGGAAAUGCUAUCCAUGAGGACCCAGAUGAGUGGACAGAUCAACGUUGAGGUGGAUGCAAAACCACAGCCAGACCUAACUUCUAUUAUGGCUGAGAUCCGUGACCAGUAUGAGGCUGCCGGCCAAAAGAGCCAGAAAGAACUUCAGUCCUGGUUCCAAGCAAAGUCAGAGAGUCUCUCCAAGGAGGUGGCAGCCAGCACAGAAAGUGUCCAAACAUCCAAAUCAGAAAUCACAGAACUCCGCCGCACACUACAGGGCCUGGAGAUCGAGCUACAAUCACAGCUUAGCAUGAAAGCAUCCUUGGAAAACACAUUAGCAGACACAGAGUCACGGUACUCGAUGCAGCUCCAAGCCCUCCAGAUGCAGGUGACCAGCCUGGAAGAACAGCUCAUGGGCCUGCGUACUGACAUCGAACGCCAGAGCCAAGAAUACAAGAUGCUGCUGGACAUCAAGACUCGGUUGGAGAUGGAGAUCGCGGAGUACAGGAGGCUGUUGGACGGAGAGGGCAGCGGCAUGUCCGGCGGUAUCAGCAGUAGUUCAAAAGGUGGUUCUUCCAGCACCAACACCAGAGUGAUCGUGGUCACAGAGGAGAUGAAGGACGGCAGGGUGGUGUCCUCCUCCACCUCCACCACUUAAUCUGCCUCACACAGCAAAACACAGAGCAACAGCUGAGAGCCACAAGCACAACUUUUGAAGCUAAAACUUCCUUCACGUUCUCAUGUGAAUGUAAUAAAAGGCUGCAAGUUUGCUCCCUA